GGCAGCAGCGCCAGGCGGACCGCGGGCGCAUGUGCGAUUGUUUGGAUUGAGGCUGAGAACCAGCCGGGCCAGUGGGCAGUGAGGCGAGUGUAUAACUCUCUCUUCUGGAACUAUUUGCAGCCUUGCAGUGACCAAGACAUUUGAAAAAAAAAAGUUGAAUAUACAAGUAUAUUCGGCAAAUCAGAUCAUUAACACUACAAGAAGUUCAUAAAGUGAAAGAGGUUUCACUGUGAGCCAGAGACUCAUCAACUCAUCAUGAAAUACAUAUUAGUUACUGGUGGAGUCAUAUCUGGCAUUGGGAAAGGUGUCAUAGCUUCCAGCAUUGGCACAAUUCUCAAGCACUGUGGCCUGCGGGUAACGUCCAUCAAAAUUGAUCCUUACAUCAAUAUUGAUGCUGGAACUUUCUCACCAUAUGAACAUGGUGAAGUUUUUGUUUUGGAUGAUGGAGGAGAGGUAGAUCUUGACUUGGGUAACUAUGAACGCUUCCUAGAUGUUACCCUGCAUCGUGACAACAAUAUUACAACUGGCAAGAUCUAUCAAUCUGUUAUCAACAAGGAACGAAGAGGAGACUAUUUAGGCAAGACUGUACAGGUGGUGCCGCACAUCACAGAUGCCAUCCAGGAAUGGGUAGAGUCAGUGGCCUGUCGUCCUGUAGAUGGUGAGAUGGCUGAGCCUGAAGUGUGUAUCAUAGAGCUCGGAGGCACUAUUGGAGACAUUGAAGGCAUGCCUUUUGUAGAGGCAUUCCGUCAGUUCCAGUUUAGAGUCAAGAGGGAAAAUAUUUGUCUUGUGCAUGUAUCCCUGGUGCCUCAGCCAUCCUCCACUGGAGAACAUAAGACCAAGCCCACACAAGCCAGUGUGCGGGAAUUACGUGGACUUGGCCUCUCUCCGGAUUUCAUUGUUUGCCGUUCAGAAAAACAAGUUGAUGCAUCCAUCAAAAACAAGAUAUCCAACUUCUGUCACGUAUCACCUGAACAGGUUAUAUGUCUGCAUGAUGCACAGAGCAUUUAUGCAGUUCCACUUAUGUUGGAAGAACAACAGAUGUCACAUUUGCUGAGCGACCGUUUAAACUUAAACUUGGAUGGUCGUCGGCCAAGAAAGUUUUUGAAGAAGUGGUAUGAUCUUUCUACUAAGCAUGAACAUUUGCGAACCAGUGUCACAAUUGCAUUGGUGGGCAAAUACACUCAACUUCAAGAUUCGUAUGCUUCAGUCAUCAAAGCCCUACAACAUGCAGCUCUUGCAUGUAAUCGAAAAUUGGAACUUAAAUGCAUUGAAGCUGAAGACAUAGAAGAGGAAGCAAAGGCCAUUCGACCUGUCAAGUAUUACGAAGCUUGGCGGAAUGUUUGCAAGUGCAAUGGAAUUAUUGUGCCUGGAGGAUUUGGACAGAGAGGAAUGGAGGGGAAAAUUGCUGUGUGUAAAUGGGCUAGAACCAUGAAGAAGCCCCUGCUUGGAGUGUGCCUUGGUCUACAAGCUGCUGUUAUUGAAUUCAGCAGGAAUGUACUAGGGUGGGGAGAUGCCAAUAGUCAAGAAAUGUAUCCCGAUGGAACUCGUCAUGUCAUUAUUGAAAUGCCCGAACACAACCCAGGACAACUUGGAGGAACUAUGCGCCUAGGGAAGAGACAGACACUGUUCAAGACCCAAGACUCAAAGCUCCGGCAGCUGUAUGGCAAUGUGGAUUUUGUGGAGGAGAGGCACAGACACAGGUUUGAAGUAAAUCCAAAGUUAGUGGCAGAUAUAGAAGCAGCAGGACUGAAAUUUGUGGGUCAAGAUGUUGAUGGAGAGCGCAUGGAGAUCAUGGAGUUGGAGAACCAUCCUUAUUAUGUUGCUUGCCAGUACCAUCCAGAAUAUCUCACAAGACCAUUGAAACCUUCACCUCCUUAUCUUGGCCUCAUCUUGGCAGCAAGUGGCAAGUUGGAACAAUAUUUAGCCAGGGGCUGUCGCAUGACACCAACCAGCUCACCAGUGUCUUCAGAUGAGGAAUUACCAAUGCCACCUCAGGUUCUCACCAAGCAGACAGACAAGUAUAAGGAAGUCCAGUCAUUGCAUCUUGCAACACUUCCUAAUACUUCUUCUAAUAAUGAUUCUAGAACUUCUUCAGAUAAGGAAGGUACCUCAAAGGAAGAUGUAAUAUAAUACAAAAAAAUCCUAGGUAAUAUAGUAUAAGAUACCAUUACACUAGACUUUCCUCUUGCUUGCUUUUUUAUUCUCUGGUUGACAAUUACAAUCAACGAGAUUUUGCUGAUGUACUUAAGGACAUGUGGCAUUCUGUGAAUGAGUGAAAGUUUGGCUCCAGGGAAUGCUGAAACUGUGGGUGAAGGCAAGGGGAUUAGGCCAUUAUUUAUUAGUUUUUAGUUAAUAGGAAGGUCUUAUUUUAUAGUCUUUAGUUUACUGAGAGGUCUUACUAAACUGAUGUUAUUGGUUACCAUUCAUAAUGUGGCUUAGGGAUUAGGGAGGUGAAAAUAAGGAUUUUCCUGAAUUUUCUAACAUUAUUAGUAGUAUUAUGAUCAGGGGAGAGACAUGAUAACCCAGAAACAAUAAAUGAAUCUGCCAUAAUGCUGAUAACUAGGCAGCUGAAGUAAUAGCAUCAUGUGAUUUGUCACACUGUAAGCAUGAAAUUAUUGAUAUGCUGAGAAGUGUAGGCAGCUUUAUAAGCUUGCACAUAAAUAUCUGUUAUAAACAAGAUUUCAUUCCAUUGUUUUUCUUUCAAAACAGUGGUGGUCUGUACUUACUCAGGCAAAUUUUUAGUAGGCAACUAUUGCAGUUAUGUGUCAUCAGUGAAAUGUUUAUUAUUAUUAUUAUUUAUGAGAAAAUACAACAAAUUUGCGAUUGUUUGUUUGUAAGAAGUGACCCAAGCCAACUUUUUGUGCAUGAUAGAUUUUCUUAUCUAACUCAGUAAUAGAUGUGAUCAAGAUUUUGUCCAAAUAUGAACCAGUUGUCUAAUGGACAACAUUGAGCAUACGCACACUGUAGAUUCAUGGACAUGUACAAUUAAACAUAGCACAUGGGCUGAACUCUGUAAUAUUUUCGUGUUUUGUAGUAAUUCAUCAUUCAUCUCCACCUCACUCAAUAUUCCCCAUCUUCUUUACUCUCCUUCCCUUCCCAUUCACUCCUUUACUGGGAGAAUAAUUGUGGUCACCCAUUCCUGUUUCAUACUUCCAUAUCUUUCUGCUUUCUCUGACUUUUAUUCUCUCUUUGGUCUUGGGAUUAGCAAUAGGCUUAAGUUGUCUCUUAUUUUAGCAGUAUUUUUACAGAAGAUAAAUUAUUUCAUCAGCCAUUCAGUUACCUCAGUACGUACAAUUAUUUGAUACUUGUGUACACAUUCAAAGAUACAGAAGAUCACACUAUACAUCAAUAAUGUUAACAGCAUACAGAACAAUCAUAGCUUUCAUUUUACCAAGUUACUAAGAUAUUUCCUGAGGCCUAGAUGGCAUGAAGGAUCUCAAGAUGGGGUUCUCCCACAUCUGAUCUGAUCAUGUCAUAUAGAAAGGUCUGUCAUGGUUCAGCAGAGUUAGAUUAUUUUUUGCUUUCAGAAUUAGCUGGGAGUUAGAUUAUUUUUUGCUUCAUACAGGAAGCUGGUUAUAUUGUGCUACUGAUGUAUAAUGUAAUCAGUUAGACUUUUAUCUUUUGCCUUCCAUAUAAGCACAGAAAGGAAGAUGUGUGUGUGUGUGUGUGUGUGUGUGUGUGUGUGUGUGUGUGUGUGUGUGUGUGUGUGAGAGAGAGAGAGAGAUUCAUACCUAGUACAUUUAGACUACCUAAUCAGAUACACAUUUAAAAAGAUGUCUUUACCUGUGAGUUGCAAUAUUACAGCUUUAACUCCCUUUUAUAGUUUUCAUUUAAUUUUCGUUGUGUGUAUAUGUGUAUCUUUCCAUCUUCUAGUUGUACUUAAGAUUUUAUUUUAUAUUAAGGUGUUCCUUGCCAUUGUAUAAAUUUUGUGUAUGUAGUGCAUCAUCCUGCGUUCCAAGCAAUAUACAGUUUUUACCAACUAAAUCCUAGACAUUAAUUUCAUCAACUUGAAAUGUUAUAAUUUCCCAUAUAAGGAUUUAACUUCAGAUGCAAGUUAUAUAACUUAGAAUUAAGGCCUUGAGAUUGUACAUAGUUACCUGAUCCCAUGAACAGUUAAGAUAAGACAAUCUUCCUCAGAAGCAAUUUGUUGAGUGAAUUGAUUCUCUUCCUCAUUGAGAUCUUAUUUUCAGCUGUAUUAACGGUUUCCAUAGAUUAACUAAAUUUAAUUUGUGUCAUUUAGGUUAAUUUACUUAUCUUAUUUUUUAUCUGAUUCUCUUUCAUAUUUUUAUUUCUUAUAUUUCUUCUCCAUGUGUUGUCUUGUUCAUUUCUGCUUCUGCUUGCUGAACAAGUCACAACUCAUUGGACACACUGAAAGAGGUGAAUUCUUUUCUCAUACUUGAUAUUUUCUCAUUCUUCACUUUUCUUUAACAUAUUUAUACAUAGGAAUGUAGAAAUAUUGGUAUAAAUUAAUUAGUAUCUUUCUCUAGCUGAUGACAUUUGUGGUAGACUGUGGAGUACUAUUACAAGUUAGUAUUAUCAUUUCUGAGGAAAAUUGAUAUUAAGGAUACACUUCCUUUCUUCGUUUUCACUUUAUAUUUCUCCCUCCCCCCAUAUCUCUCUCUCUCUCUCUCUCUCUCUCUCUCUCUCUCUCUCUCUCUCUCUCUCUCUCUCUCUCUCUCUCUCUCUCUCUCUCUCUCUCUCUCUCUCUCUCUCUCUCUCUCUCUCUCUCCACUGAGAUAGCUAACCUUCCUUGUAAUGCUGUAAGGUCACAGUCUUAAAUGAAUUUGUGCAUAUAUUGUUUACUAUCCUGCUGCAUCUGCUAGUGCAAGCAAAAUACAAGUGCUACAAGAAUGUGAUGAUCAACACUGCAGCUUUUGUAUAUAUAUAUAUAUAUAUAUAUAUAUAUAUAUAUAUAUAUAUAUAUAUAUAUAUAUAUAUAUAUAUAUAUAUAUAUAUAUAUAUAUAUAUAUAUAUAUAUAUAUAUAUAUAUAUAUAUAUAUAUAUAUAUAUAUAUAUAUAUAUAUAUAUUCCAUCACAACAACACCCACUAAGCACUGGUAAUGAAUGCCAAAGUUAAACAAAUAUGUGCAAUAACUUGAGCAUAUGUGAUUGUAUGUUCUCCAUUUACAAUAAUUAAUUUGAUGUUUAGCAUUCCAGACAUGGUAAUCAUUUUAUUUGAUUAAAGGUUUGAUUAAACAAAGCUGUGAAGAAAACAAUAUAUUAUAGAACAAUGCCACUGCAGAAACAUUGCAUCUAUUUGUACUACAAUAUAUUAUAGAACAAUGCCACUGCAGAAACAUUGCAUCUACUUGUACUACUGAAAGCUUUCUGAUGUCCAUAUAAAUUGGUUGACACUGCACAUGAGCCUUCAUAUAAUAAAAACUUGAUGCAAAAUAGUCUCAACAUUUUUAUAUUCAUAAUGCUUAUUGGGUUGCAAUCUUUGAUUUCAAUACAAAUAUGGUACAUCACUUAGAAAGUUGGCACUUUUUGUGAUGGUAAUAUCACAUAAUUUACUGUUUUUUUAUAUAUGGCCUAUGGCACCUGUAGGCAGACUUGAAGAAUAUAUGUGGGAAACGCUGUUCAGCUUCCAGCCAUAAAUGGCGCAAGCAAUUUUAUUUAUUAUUACCAUCCACUCAGCCACUGUUGUGAUACAGUAGAUACACCUACUUAUUUUUUCUGUGUAAUGAAUUAUGUAUUGCUCUUUGGAUUGUUUACUUCCUGAUAGGUGAAUCAAUUUUAUGAUAUAUAUAUAUAUAUAUAUAUAUAUAUAUAUAUAUAUAUAUAUAUAUAUAUAUAUAUAUAUAAUCUUAUAUUAGAGUGUUGUUAGAUCUUUAUGUGCAUAGACAUUCUAGUAUAUAGAUGUAGAAGACCACAAACAUUGCAUUUAACAGGUAAUUUUAAAAUAACUGUGAUAUACAUGUAAUUUAAAAAUUUAAUAUGUAUUUUGUUAUAUGCCAAAAUAAUUUGAAAAAGGUGCCAUACAUUAGAACAUUAAUAAUGUUGUAUGAUUAUUGAAAGCUAUUUGAUUUAUAUAGAAUAUAGAAAAAUAUAGACAUUGUAUAUUGAUAUAGAUACCAAUAGAGUGGUGUCCUAAUUUUCCUUCUUUGGUGAUCUAUAACUUGCAUGUAGGUAAAUUCUUAAGUCACAAAAUUUAGGUAGAAGAUAAUAGUGAAAGAAUGCACAGAUUAUUUUGAAUGUUGUUAACCUCCAAGAAAAUAAUAUAAACUAGUCUUAGAACAUUUUAGAAUUUGAACAUUUUAUUGUCUUGUUUUUGCCAGAGACUGAAAAAGUGCCCCAUCCUCUAGCCUACACAAGAAAGAAUGAACAGAGGAUACUAUAUCAUGUGUUUUUGUCAUUAAGAAUAUUUUCUUCCACAUUUGGAUAAAAUGUAUCAGUAUUACCAGAAAUACAUUGACCUGCCCAAA